AUGGCCAUCAGAGCCCGCAUCCGCCGCGCCCUGCGCAAGUCGGACUCGUCCGACACCAUCUCGCAGACGGGCAGCAACACGACAACGGCCACGGCCGCAACCAGCGAGACGUCGUCGCUGCACAAGCUGCCCACGUCGGCGUCGGCCCUGUCGCGCAUCUUCGCCCUCGGGUCGCGCGACAAGGACAGAGACGGCGGCAGCAGCGGCAGCAGCGGCAGCAACGCCAAGGAACGCAAGAGGGCCAAGGGCGGCGGCAAGAAGACGAUGCACCCCAGCCAGCGCCCGCUGACGCUGCAGAAUCUCAAGCACCAGGAGAUGCUGAGCCAUUUCACCAUGACGUUUGGCGCCUCGGAUCCGGACCAAGUCGAGAGCCCGGGCUUUCGCGGCGUGAGCCCCUGCUGCACCCGGGCCGGCAGCGUCGAUCUCGACGGCGACUAUUUCGGCGCGCGCUCGGCCGCCGACACGGUGAGGGCGGCGCCGCGACGGUGA